UAAACUCUCGCUCGCCCACUCAAACCGCCUCGAAAACCGUUCCGGAGACGAACCGGAAUUGUCUCCCACUCUUUCUUUUCCUCUUUCUUCUCUGCCGUCGUCGCUGCCGCCAGCUUCCGUUUCCACCGCCGCCCGAUAUGGAAUCCAGCCGGCGUUCAGCGGUUAAACCCGUUAUUGUUCUCAAGCCAAGUAAGAGGGUCUCUUUAGUGGAAGAUACCACCGGCAAAGCCUCCGACGCGUUGCCUCUUCCUUUGUACCUAACGAAUGCGGUGUUCUUCACGCUCUUCUUCUCCGUGGUUUAUUUUCUUCUAUCCCGUUGGCGCGAAAAGAUCCGAGCUUCAAUCCCUCUCCACGCCGUCACCUUUCCCGAGAUCGUCGCGGUUUUCGCUUUGGUCGCAUCGUUGAUUUAUCUUUUGGGGUUCUUCGGGAUCGACUUUGUUCAGUCUUUGAUUAUCCGGCCAUCGGGUGAUGUUUGGAGUGGUGAGGACGAUGAAGAGGGAAAUGAAGUGUUGCUUCGUGAGGAAGAUGCCCGUACAGUCCCUUGCGGCCAAGCUCUUGAUUGUUCGGUCCCUUCGUUGCCUCAUAUGGUACGGAAUGUAACUGCCCAGAGACUGUUCGAUGAAAAGCCUGUUAGAGUUACAACCGAGGAAGAUGCACGUAAAGUCUCUUGCGGUCAAGCUGUUGAUUGCUCGCUUCGUUCACUGCCUCCUCGACCACCGAUUGUAACUUCUCAGAAACUGUUCCAUGAAAAGACUGUUAUAGUUACAACCGAGGAAGACGAGGAAAUUAUUAAAUCCGUUGUGGCUGGAACACUCCCUUCAUAUUCUUUAGAAACGAAAUUAGGUGAUUGCAAAAGAGCGGCUGCGAUCAGGCGUGAGGCGCUGCAGAGAUUAACUGGGAGAUCGUUAUCGGGUUUGCCAUUGGAUGGAUUUGAUUACGAGUCGAUUUUAGGGCAGUGUUGUGAGAUGCCGGUUGGGUACGUGCAGAUUCCCGUGGGAAUUGCUGGGCCAUUGUUGCUUAAUGGAAGAGAGUACUCGGUUCCUAUGGCAACCACAGAGGGGUGCUUGGUGGCUAGUACUAACAGGGGCUGUAAGGCUAUUCAUUUGUCUGGUGGAGCUGCAAGUAUUCUAUUGAAAGAUGGAAUGACUAGAGCUCCUGUUGUAAGGUUCAGCACCGCGAAAAGGGCAGCUGAACUGAAGUUUUAUUUGGAAGAUCCUGAGAAUUUCGAUACUUUGGCUGUUGUUUUUAACAGAUCAAGUAGAUUUGGUAGGCUUCAAAGUAUAAAAUGUGCAAUUGCUGGGAAGAAUCUAUAUUUGAGAUUCACUUGCAGUACUGGUGAUGCUAUGGGGAUGAACAUGGUUUCCAAGGGAGUUCAAAACGUUUUAGAUUUCCUUCAAACGGAUUUCCCUGACAUGGAUGUCAUCGGCAUUUCCGGAAAUUUCUGCUCUGACAAAAAGCCAGCUGCUGUAAACUGGAUUGAAGGACGAGGCAAGUCUGUUGUCUGCGAGGCCAUCAUUGAGGGUGAUGUGGUGAGGAAGGUCUUGAAGACUAGUGUGGAAUCUCUUGUGGAGCUCAACAUGCUUAAGAACCUUACUGGUUCUGCCAUGGCCGGAGCUUUGGGUGGAUUUAAUGCCCAUGCAAGUAACAUCGUGACUGCAAUCUACAUAGCUACUGGCCAAGACCCGGCUCAAAAUGUUGAGAGCUCUCAUUGCAUCACUAUGAUGGAAGCUGUUAAUGAUGGAAAGGACCUUCACAUCUCUGUCACAAUGCCUUCUGUUGAGGUUGGCACCGUUGGUGGUGGAACUCAGCUUGCAUCUCAGUCAGCCUGUUUGAACCUGCUCGGCGUUAAGGGUGCAAGCAAAGAAGUAGCUGGAGCAAACUCAAGGAUGCUUGCAACCAUUGUAGCUGGUGCCGUCCUCGCGGGGGAGCUGUCACUCAUGUCUGCUCUUGCAGCGGGUCAGCUGGUUAAGAGCCAUAUGAAAUACAAUAGAUCAAGUAAGGAUGUGUCCAACCUUUCUUCCUAGAUGAAACAUUGUUAAAGGUAUAUUAUUGUAGUGUUGUUGCAAAUCCCAUGCUAUGUAUGUAUGGAAUCUGACCAUCUCUUUGUAAUUUUCUUUAUUCGUUUUGUAUUUUGUUCGUUUAUUUCUUAUUGUUUGAUAUCCAAGAAAAAGAAAUUAGAAGAGCCAUGUAAUCUGAUAAUUGUGUAAAAAUGACAGAAUCGUUAAUUAUUGUUUUUUUCUUUUUUACAUAUUAUAAAUAA